AUGAGUUCCAGGGCAUUGAGAAAGUUGCAGAAUGACGACGAUUUGCUAGCUUCCAUUCUGGCAAAAUCUGCGCCUCCCAAUGGCGAUUCUGAGGACCACCAACCAACGAUACAAAAUCCCAAGAAGCAAAACUUCUUCGCACUAAUGAAUGAUGAAGAAGGCGAAGACGAUAAUGAUGAUGGCGUUGGAUCGGAAGAGGAAUCUAAUUUUGCAGAACCGGUGAAAGUCACAGUUCAGACAAAGUCCGCAAAGAAGGCCAACAAGAAAAGAAAGCAGAAGAAGAAGAACCAAGCUGUAAAAGGCAACCACGUACAAGAAAACGACGAGAACGAGAAUGACGACGACGAUUCUGAUUUUGAGAGACUCAUCUUGAAGUUCCAGAAGAAGGACAUUGCGCAGUCGAGGAGUAGGACGUUUGAUGGGAGCGACGAAUAUUUUACUGCCUCAGAAUCAGAAAAUGAGGACAACACAAGGGAGGCGGACGCUUCAGAUAUAAUCACCCGAAAAUGGAAGUACGACAACGCAUUUACCAAAUUCCCAAUAAAGAGCCUGCACAAAUACAAGAACCUGUUCAACACCGACUUUAAGAAAUUGGAUCCGCACACUGAGUUCAAAUUGCUGUUUGAUGACAUCUCUGCAGAAUCAUUAGAAGACAUCGACUCUAUGUCGUCCACAGCAAUCUCACCACAGUACCUAAAACAAAUUCAAAGAAUGAAAAGAAUUGUUAGGAACUGGGGAGGGAAAGAUCAUCGCAGCGUACCAAAUGGCCCUGGUGGUAGUGUCCACCGUUUACAGUUCACCAAAGUUAGAAACGACUGGUUGCCAACUCCAAGAGGGGAACUUUCCAUGAAGAUGCUCUCUCAGGAAGACGUUUUAGACUGGCAAUUGUGGCAACGUCCCACAGACUGGAAGGACGUCAUCAUGGAGGACGUGAAGCGCUGGCAGAAAUACGUCACUUUCUACAAAUUCGAACCCCUGAAUACGGAUUUGAACAAGAAGGCAAUGACGGAAUUCUACCUCAACGUUAUUGCGAACCCAGACCAUGAAGCAUUAGUAAAUUUAGUUGCUUCCCAGUUCCCUUACUUUGUUCCAGGUCUUCUACAAGUUGCAUUGAUUACUGUGAGACAGGGGGAUAGGUCGAACACCAACGGACUCUUGCAAAGAGCCUUAUUUGUAUUUGACCGUGCUUUGAAAGCGACUUUGUCAUUUGAUUCUUUAUCCUGCCAGCUUCCCUACAUCUAUUUUUACAACAGACAAUUCUACCUGACCAUCUUCCGCUACAUCUUAACGCUUAGCCAGAGAGGUGCAAUGGCAACAGCUAGCGAAUGGUGCAAAGUCUUAUGGUCAUUGAGUCCAUUGGAGGAUCCACUAGGGUGCAGGUACUUCAUAGAUCAUUACUUGUUGCUCAGCAAUGAUUAUCAAACCAUGAUCAGCAUGUCCACAUCUGCAUUGAUGAAUUGGUACAAGGAAUGGUACACUUUAGGGUUUUCAUUGGGUACCGUGUUAAGUUAUUUGAGAAUCGAGGAUUUCGACAAAGCUAAGUUGGAGCUACAAAAAUGUUUUAACCAUCACUUCUUAUCACUAUGUGAGAUAUACUUGGAAAAACUUGCUGGCGAGCCCUCAUUGGUGUCCAAAAUAAAGACCGAUUACGAUACUGAGGAUAGAAGCCAGGUUAUCAUCCUAAAGUCCUAUAUGACAAGAUUCUCGCAAUUGUGGAGCAAAACUGAGGAUAUCACUUUUUUGCGGUCUGAAUUAACCAAGCUUCUUGAAGCGUACAAGAGGGGCGAGAUCAAUCUGGGAACUGAGAACAAGGCAAACUGCGAUGAUGGUUUUGAUGAACUCGAUAACCCCUUCUUCAUCGAGGACAUUCCAAUCAACUUACUAAGAUUUGUCAUUUUGUCAGAAGAGUCCUCAGUAAUGGGCUCGAUUCCUACAAACAUCUGGUCGGACUAUGAGGUGUUUGAGUUUGAUGUAUUAACGCCAACAGCUACUACGAAGGAGUCCCUUGAUGUUCUGGAAAACGUCAAGACAUUCAUCAAUGACAAAGACCUGCUGGAGUCACAGGCUGCUAUGAUACAAGAUGAAGAUAUCCUGAACCAAAUUAGACAGCUCUCCUUGAACCAGUACAUUCAGCAACACGAAACUCCGCACGAGGAACAACACUAA